AUGGAGAUGGCUAUGAUAAGAGCCAAUGUAGAGAAGGAUAGGGAAGCCACUAUGGUUAGGUUCCUAAAGGGGCUGAAUCUUGAUAUUGCCAACAUAGUGGAGCUACAACACUAUGUAGAGCUUGAUGACAUGUUAAAUAUAGCAAUCAAGAUAGAAAAACAACUAAAGAAGAAGAAAGCAUUCAACAUGGGUGUAGGUAUGAAUUCGAGCAAUAAUGCUCCAUGGAAACCGAAUUGGAAGAAGGGUGAAACUUGUGAUUCCAAGGUUGUUUCUAAGGAAAAGAAAGAGAAGACUAAGGGUGGAGAAAAGCCUAGUGUGACUGAGAAAGGCAAGGGACAGAAUACCUUUAGUGGAAGAACUAGGGAUAUCCAAUGUUUUAGGUGCCUAUGGAAGGGACAUUAUGCAUCUCAAUGUCCUAACAAGAGGGUGAUGGUGAUGAGGCCGAAUGGGAAGAUCGAAUCAGAAGAUGAUGAUGAUGAUGAUACUAGUGAGAGUAUGCCUCCUUUGGAGGAAGCUAGUGAUGUAGAGCAUGCCGUGGGAGAUAAUGGUAGUUGUGUGGAUGUUGCCAGCACACUCAUGGUUGGGAAGCUUAGCUUGCGCACCAUCAAGCAUCCUAUACCAUACAAGUUGCAAUGGCUGAAUGAAUGUGGGGAAAUUAAGGUGAACAAGCAAGUGAUUUUGGCUUUUUCUAUUGGAAGGUAUAAGGAUGAGGUGUUGUGUGAUGUGGUGCCAAUGCAUGCUGGACAUAUUUUGCUAGGGAGACCAUGGCAAUAUGAUAGGAAAGUUGUGCACGAUGGAUUUAGGAACAGGUACUCCUUUGAUCAUGAUGGACGAAGGGUUACUUUAGCAGCAUUAUCACCCGCACAAGCUUUUGAAGAUCAAUUAAGGAUAAAAAAGACCAUGAAUGAGCAACAACAAAGAGAGGCCGAACUAAGAGUGCAAAAAGAGAAAGAAAGAAAAGAAAGAGAGGAAAAAGUAAGAGGGAAAAAUGAGGGAGAGAAAGAGAAGAGAGGAAAUUCAAAAAGAGUGAAACCAAAAGGAAAGUGCUCGGGGCAAAAAGAGAGUUGUGAGAAGAGUGGAGAGAAUAAAGUUAGUUUGCUAGCAAAAGCCAAGGAUGUGAGGACUGCAUAUUUUUCUAGUAUGCCAAUGGCUUUGCUAAUUUGUAAGGGAGCUUACACCAAUGUUUCUAACCUUGAUCCAUCCAUUCCUAGUUUUGCUUUGCCCUAUUGCAGGAGAUUUAUGGUGAGUGGCAAGGGAAUUGAGGUUGAUGAGGACAAGAUCGAAUGUGAUGCCUCUAGAGUGGAUAUUGGAGCUGUUUUGAAGCAGGAAAGGAGACCGAUUGCCUACUUCAAUGAGAAGCUAAGUGGGGCUACAUUGAACUACUCCACUUAUGACAAAGAGAUGUAUGCUCUAGUGCCUGCACUUGAGACUUGGCAACACUACUUAUGGCCGAAGGAGUUUGUCAUUCAUAGUGACCAUGAGUCACUCAAGUACUUAAAGGGGCAGAACAAGCUCAACAAGCGCCAUGCCAAGUGGAGUGAAUUCAUUGAAGGCUUCGAACAUGUGAAAGAAAUGUAUGCUAAUGAUGAUGGCUUUGGGAAAGUGUUGGCCUUUUAUGAACAUGCUGCAUAUGAUAAAUUCUAUAGGCAUAAUAGUUUCUUAUUUAGGGAAAAUAAAUUAUGUGUGCCUAAAUGCUUAAUUAGAGAGUUGCUUGUUAAAGAAUCACAUACUGGUGGUUUAAUGGGACAUUUUGGGGUUGCAAAGACCUUAGAAAUUUUAAAGGAACAUUUUUAG